AUGCUGGGACAGGCUGCCCAGAGGUUCAUGACCUCAGUGGUCCGUAGGAGCCACUACAAAGAGGGCCCAAGGAAGAAUCUGCCGUUUUCUGUGGAAAGCAAGCGGAGGCUGCUGGCCACGACGACUUUGUAUUUUGGGUCUGGAUUUGCCUCACCCUUCCUCAUCGUCGGACAGUAGCUGCUUAAGAGAGGAGGCUCUUUGAGAUGAUGGCGUUUCAAGACGUGCAGUCUGGGAGAGAUGGAUCAAGCUCUUGAACUCAGAGCAUACUAGAUAUGUUUGUAAAUAAACUUCUGACAUGAAAAAAAGAAGAAAAGAAAUGUGUAAAUCAGAGGGUUUUAGUACAUUCACAAUCAAUUUUGGAACAAUUCCAUCACUCUAGAGAGAAACCUCUUCCUCCUUAGCAGUUUUCUGUUUUCCCACCCAUUCCAAUUCCUCAGCCCUAGGCAACAACUAAUCUGUUUUCUGCCUCUACUGAUUGUCUUUUUCUGGACAUUUCAUAUAAACAGUCUUAUAUAACAUGAUCUUUUGUGUCUGGCUUUUUUCACUUAGUAUAAUGUUUUAAAGCUCUGUCUGGGUUGGAGCACAUAUCAGUAUUUCAUUAGUUUUUAUUGCCUCUUCUUUUUUUAAAGAUUUUUCUUUGCCUUUAUUCUCCCCUUCCCCCUUUUGCGGUGGAGUAAGUCGUAAGAUCAUCAUCAUAAUUA